AUGGCGCACCAUUACGAAAGAUUAAGAGUUACCCUUGAUGGGACAUUCACUCUAGGUGACAUGGUAAGCGUUUCCCUCGAAUGCGAUGUACACACACUGACAUCAGUCCAGGUUGAAGCGCCUACACACGAUCGACACUUACACGCCAGGCGAUUCUGGACACAUUUAGUCGACUCGCCCGGUUCCACAACUACCAUGUCCAUCAUUGUCUGCGAGCCCUUCGGUCAAUACUUCUUGGACACAGACCGGUCCUUUGCUGCUCGUGGCAAUCUCAUUCUUCGCCCUUAUCCAAUUGAGCCGCUUCUGCAUGUUAACUCCAACCAUUACCUUGAAUUAUCAACGCAUGUCAAAAUGGACAUCAGUGAGACUAAUAAUAUCAGUGUCACCGCUCUCGGUAGGGUUCUUUCAUGUGACCUUUCAGACGACGAAUCGCACUGGAACCUAGUCAUGGCACAUCGCGACUACGAACCCAAUGACCGAUUCCACUACCACUUCACCAUCCGGUACUUGGUCACUGCAUGGAUGAUGACGAGUUGUCCUCCUGGGACCUUUGCCGAAGGCGGCCUUCUCCGUGUCUUAGGGUUUAUCGUAUCACAUGGACCGGAUCCCGCGACGUGGCUCAUUCGAGCCUUACAUGUGCGCCUAGUUGAUCAUCACAACGACGAAGUGUAG